UGUGAUGUGCAGGAAUCAUCAAGUCCAAUAGGGUCUCUGUAUCCUGGCUUUCAAUUCUAUUUUCAUAGGUGUCUGGGACACACCUCCCUUUCUCCUGAUUGGUAAGCCCACACCCCCAUUCAUCUCAUUUCCACAUCUAAUUGGCUGAGGCUAUGCCUGUUCAGUGCCCUGAUGACAUUGAGAAGUUUGCUGUGCUGGGCACCACGUGCAGAGGGAUUGACAUCCACAAGCAGCUCACAGGCAGGGGGAGAGCUCUGGGGCAGAGGAUGCUGGAGGAGCAAAGUGGCACUGGUACUCGCUUUAUAGUGGAGGGGCCUGUAACAAACUGAAAAGACUGAGAAGUGUCAGGAAGCCCUGAGAAUAUUCCCAAGUAGCCCCCUCAGCAACAGGAAAUUUGUUCAGAGAGACAUCAGACCAGCACCACAGCACUGCUGGUUGUGGAUUUAGAAUGACCAAGAAAGGGGAGCCGCUAAAGUGCUGGAGAGAAACGAGACUUGAUCUCUGCCUGUACUUCAUCACAGUCUAAACUACCAAUGCAGCCUGCGGCAAUCAUAUCACUAAAUCUCCUCCAGCCAUGGCAGGUGCUAUACAAGUGCAUAUCGUCUUGUUUUAAGGCCAUUCUGAAAAAAAUUGUUUCUGCAUUUGUUCAAUUCACUGUUUAAAUAAAUAGGGCAGAGGAGCUUGCAAUCAACUUGUUUGUGGAGACAAGAAGUUGAGGAAAAUGAACUGCUACAAUAGCUACUAGCCUGGCUUUGGGUGUUUGGUGCGUGUUUAAUGCUAUGGCAUUGGCACUUUGGCAACCUUAGUAUGGCGAACUCAGCAUGCCUUCGGCUAGCAUGGCACUCCCUGCAUCCCUGCCUGAGCCACUGCCCAGAAGCAUCUUUAGGAAGUUUGUGCUGAUGCUUUGUUCCCUUCUCGUGUCCCUCUAUGUCUUUUACUGCCUGGCUGAGCAGUGCCAGAACCUUCCAGGACCCAUCAUUCAAUCCCCUGAAGAAGAAGAAGGUGGGUAUCAGGAGUCGGAUAUGACCAUCUGGCAGUCAGUGAAAAGGAAGAAACUGUUGCAAAAGAUGAAGAGGCAAAGAUCAACAAAGGGUAAGGAAGCCCCCUGGAAUCGACUUUUCGUUAGCCAUGGAGUAGAUAUCUCCUUCCAUGCCCACACUGGGGAAGAGAACAAGGCAAGUCAUAGAACAUCCAUGCUUGAUAGCACCCUGACUCCCUUGGGAGAAGGCAGCAAGAAUCUGCCCCAAGCUAUCAUCGUCGGGGUGAAGAAAGGGGGCACCCGAGCUCUGCUGGAGUUCCUCCGGAUCCACCCAGACAUCAGGGCGGUGGGGGCUGAACCCCACUUUUUUGACAGGAAUUAUGACAAGGGACUGGACUGGUACAGGGAUCUUAUGCCCAGGACACUGGAUGGUCAGAUCACCAUGGAGAAGACUCCCAGCUACUUUGUAACCAAGGAGGCUCCAGCGCGUAUCUCAGCCAUGUCUAAAGAGGCCAAGUUGAUUGUGGUUGUAAGAGAUCCUGUAACGCGCGUUAUCUCUGACUACACCCAAACCUUGUCCAAACGACCGGACAUCCCUAGUUUUGAAAGUCUAAUUUUCAAAAACAGGACUACAGGCCUCAUAGACAUAUCAUGGAGCGCCAUACAAAUCGGCAUCUAUGCCAAGCACAUGGAGAACUGGCUACUGGAUUUCCCCAUUGACCAGAUGCUGUUUGUGAGUGGGGAAAGGCUCAUUAGAGAUCCUGCAGGAGAGUUGGGGCGGGUACAGGAUUUCCUGGGUUUAAAGAGGAUAAUAACAGAUAAACACUUUUACUUCAACAAGACAAAAGGCUUUCCAUGUCUGAAAAAGGCAGAGGGGAGCAGCAAACCGCACUGUCUAGGGAAAACUAAGGGUAGAACUCACCCCAACAUAGACCCUAAAGUGGUGCAAAGACUGCGGGAAUUUUACCGGCCUUUCAACAUGAAGUUCUACCAAAUGACUGGUCAAGACUUUGGUUGGGAUUAUUGAAGAAAUUAAAUUAUAAUAUAUAUCUAUAUUUUUCUAACACAUAACUGGAAAACAAAUACAAUGCUUGAUACCUCUUGGAAAGGAAUGGUCAUCCCAGAUGUACCUCCAUUGUAAACCCCUUGAAUGUCAAGCAAACAUGGAGUUCAUGGUCUUCCCAGGACACUAAGGGCAAAUCUGUUACAACAUGGGACUGUGGUCAAUGGUGUCUAGUGUAUUUUUUUAUAUUUCUGCAGCCUGUACCAAUCAUUGCCCUAAUAAAUAUAUAUUUCCCUGUUAUAGGUUUCCAAGAAGAGGAGAAAGAUUAUCAGGAAAAGUUGAAAAUUGCAUUGAGCUGUUUUAUACUAGAAAGAUUUAUAUUUAUUCUCCUGAAAUUAGGCUAUUUUUAUAUUAGAAUUACCAUCUUUCAUAAUUAAUCACUAUCCCCCUUCUGAAAUGCCCUUUUAAAAAAAAAAAAAUGUUUAACCUAUUAUAUUUCGAGUGCCACUUUCAAUAAACCACAUUUUUUUUCAAUAAACCACAUUCGCCUGGCGUAAGGGUGAGAAGUAACACUAGCGAA